GUGAUGCCGGAGGAGCGCGGUGGCGAUGAUAUGGAAUGUGGGCAGCUGCCUCCGGCCACGCUCCGACAGGUGACGGUCCAGCGCCACCCCCUCUACGGAUUCGGCUUUGUGGCUGGCAGCGAGAGGCCCGUAGUGGUGCGCUCGGUGGCAGCAGGCGGCCCCUCUGAGGAUAAACUCCUGCCAGGAGACCAGAUCUUGGCCAUCAACGAUGAGGAUGUGAGUGAAGCCCCCAGAGAGAGAUUCAUCGAGCUUGUCAGGAAGGCCAAGGACUUCAUCAUUCUCACGGUCCUGCACACCCACCAGUCUCCCAAAUCUGCUUUCAUCAGCGCAGCCAAGAAGGCGAAGCUAAGGUCCAACCCGGCCAAAGUCCGAUUCUCUGAGCAGGUGACAGUCGGCGAGACAGACCCAGACAUGUUGAAGAAAGAAGCUCUCCUCCUCAUUCCCAACGUGCUGAAGGUUUUCCUGGAGAACGGGCAGAUCAAAUCCUUCACGUUCGAUGGCCGAACCACUGUGAAGGACGUGAUGGUGACGUUGCAGGACCGCCUGUCACUGAGACACAUCGAGCACUUUGCCCUGGUCCUGGAGUAUUCCAGCCCGGAGCAGAGCCACCGCUUCCUGCUGCUCCAGGACAAGCAGCCACUGGCCCACGUUGUGCAAAGAACACACUACCACGGCAUGAGAUGCCUCUUCCGUGUGAGCUUCUUCCCCAAGGACCCAGUGGAGCUGCUGCGCCGGGACCCUGCAGCUUUCGAGUACCUGUACAUCCAGAGCCGCAACGAUGUGAUCAGAGAGCGCUUCGGCACAGAGCCCAAGCCAGAGAUGCUGCUGGGGCUGGCUGCCCUCCACAUCUACAUCACUGUCUCAGCCACCCGCCCCAGCCAGAAGGUCUCCCUCAAGAAUGUGGAGAAGGAGUGGGGCCUGGAGCCCUUCCUGCCCCCCUCUCUCCUGCAGCUCAUCAAAGAGAAGAGCCUCCGGAAAUCCCUCUCGCAGCAGCUCAAAGCCCACCAGCACCAGCCUGGCGGCACCAAGGUCUCCACAGCCCAGGCAAAGCUGCAGUACCUGAGGAUCCUGAACGAGCUGCCCACCUUCGCUGGGGUUCUCUUCAACACAGUGGGACUGGAUGAGAAGCAGCCAGCCACCACCCUGCUGGUGGGACCCCGGCACGGCAUCAGCCACGUCAUUGACCUAAAGACCAACCUCACCACGGUGCUGUCAGAGUUCAGCAAGGUCAGCAAGAUCCAGCUGUUCAGGGAGAACCAGGGCGUGGCCCGGGUGGAGACGAGCAUCCUGGAUGCCAAGCCCCUGGUGUUGCUGAUGGAGUGGCCUGAAGCCACCAACUUCGCCUGCCUCAUUGCGGGCUACUGCCGGCUCCUGGUGGACUCCAAGAGGAUGAUCCUGUCCAGGGCCCCCAGCCAGCCACCCCCACCUCAGAUUAUCAAGGCAGAUUACAUCAACGCACACAACUUCCAGCGGCCUGCCACAGCAGGGCACAUGGGAAAGAAGGAGAAUGGGCUGGUGGGUGGCUCUGCCACUGUCCCCGGAGCAGCCGGGGCUUCUGCCAGCAGGGCUUCGGACUCGGAGCUCAUCCGCUUCUGCUACCUGCACAUGCGAGAGCAGAGGAAGGAGAGAGAGAGCGGCACGGAUAUCAAUGAAAACCUGAUCUUUUUCGAGGAAACUCGGCCCAGGACCAAAUCUGACCCCACUUCCAAAAGCUCUGGCCAAGGCUACAACGGGGCAGCUAAGGAGUACGACCCGGAUGGCCUUGAGCAAGAGAGGCAGGGCAGCAGGGCCAGGGCACACACCAUAGACACUCACCUGCGCGGCGACGCCUCCCACCUGUACUGCGAGUCCUGCCAAGCCAAGAUCAGGAGCCGGCUGGCCUCGGGCACGGGGGGCAAGCCCGGCAGCACCCGCGACACCACGGUGGACCUGAUGUCGCUUCCCCCUCCCGGGAAUGACGAGGAAGAAGACGAGACAACAUCCCUGCUCCCUGCCAUCGCCGCUCCCCCUCCUGGCUUCCGAGACAACAGCUCCGACGAGGACGACCCCAAGCGCCGGGCAGCUGCCCAGAGCCAGGAGCAGGGCCGGCACCUCUGUGGCAUCCUCUACGACGAGAUCCCGGUCACCCUGAUUGACAACGUGCAGCCACGGACUGUCCGAGACCAUGCCCAAGAGCUGGAUGAUGCCCUGGUGUCCACCCUGCAGGCGCUGGAAGCCCUGGCUGCUUCAGAGGAUUGUCCACAUCCCCCACCACAGCAGACAGCAGGUCUUAUUGUCCUGGCUGCCAUCACUCCUGAGUCAUCCUUGGACUCUGGCCACGAGACGAACUCCUCAGAGCUGACCGAUGUCUCAGAGAUGGUCUCUGCUAUGAAGCAGCACCAGAACGCAGCCUACUUCCUCACCCAACACAUCAACAAAGAAAACCUCCUGGCCAGGAAGGACUUGCCUUUCCGAAUCCAGAGCUGUGCUGCCCAGGCUGUUCUCACCUCCCCCUGCCCCCUGGGCCGCCAGGACCCCUCACUGAAGCCAGCCUUCUCCACCCAAAGUCCCAGCCUUACCAACUGCAAGAGCAAGCAGGAGCAGCAGCCCGGGGAGCGGAGCUGCACCUCGGCUGCCCAGCCAGGGCUGAGCCCCCAGCUCAGUGAGCAGAGCAAGGGGGCUUCCGUGCCAAGCUCUGAGUGCAAAGCCGCAGGUCCCACAAAAGCUGCCUUUGAGGUAUCUCUGCAUGCCACAGCAGCCCCGAGCAGGGAGCAGGCACAGGAUCUACCAGAGAAGAUGCCCAAAGAGGUACAGCCGAGCUCCAAGCUGCUUCUGGAUCAGAAGAGCAGUGUAACUCCAGCCAUCGUUUCAGCUGCCCUGCAGCAGGUGGCAAAUGCAAAAGCCUCAGCUCCCCAAGUGGUAUCAGCCUUAAAAGAAGACCAGAACAUGAAUGCUACCAGCAGUAAGCCUUUGACACUUAAAGGAGGUCCACAAACUGCAGAGACUUUGUGCAACUGUCAGCAGCAGCAGCAGGUCUCUCUGCAGCAGCACUGUGAAGUUUCUCCAAGUCCUAAGGAAGCUCCUGGCAGUCAGGCUGAAGCUUUCCACCUCACCUCAGCAGGCGAGGAAAUGAUGUCCAGUAAGACUUUUGCCUCUAAAAGCUACCAGCAAAAAGUGAGUAGAGAUGCUCUAGGAAAAGCUGCAAGCGGAGAGACGGGUCAGAAGGCAGGUGGGGAAGCCACAAGCCUCGUCUUGCAGAAACACUCAGCUCCUUCAAACCAAGGACAGAAAACACAACAGGAAAGCUCAGCCAAAAUCUUAAAAGCUGAGAGCAGCAAUGUGCACUCUCCAUCACCUGGUAGCAAUUUCAGGAGCACCAGUGAGGAAGCCAAAGGGCCAAUCCAGCUGAUGCCCAGAUCCGAGAGCCUGCAGAUUAGCACUGUGCCUUCCAAAAAAGUAGAGAAAGUCCUGGAGGUAACCCAGCAAGAUGCUGAUGUCCCAGCUAAACCCAAAGCCCCAAAAGCUCCCUUCAGGCUUAGGAACCUGUUCUCUGCAACAUUUCCCACCCGGCUGAAGAAGGAGACGGACGAGCGGCAGGCCCAGCUGCAGAAGGUGAAGCAGUAUGAGCUGGAAUUCCUUGAAGAGUUGCUCAAGCCAAAGAGCAAAGGUGACCUCCCACCACAGGAGUAUCUGCACCCACCUGCCCCUGGGCGCUGCAGCUGCCAGCUGAGGAGCAGUCCUGUGCAAAAAGUCCCAGGGAUGUCCAGGGAGCAAAGGCGCAGCUGUGACUGCAAGCGGAUUUGCAGGGGAAUGAGGCCACCCCCCAACCAGCUGGUGGUACCAGAACUGGAGAGGCGAGGCAGGGAUAAAGCUGCAGAUGACCAGAAGCAGGUGGAAGCCAUUAGGCUGACCAGCACGAGCAGCCCUUCCAAAGGCAAACGGAUACGAUCCACAAGUUUGGAGUCCCGAGACAACCGGUCAGAUCCAGAGAACGGCAUGUCCUGUUUGACAACGUGCACCUCCCGAGGGGAGUGCAUGGGUGCACCCCACUACAGGAAGCUCUUGCGCCGCUACAGUGUCAGUGAAAUAGAUAAGACUGACAGGACAUCCCUGUCCUCUGAAGUCUACCAGAACAUCUACACAACCAAGCAGAAAGGCCCCCAGAAAGAGCCUGAGCCCAGCAUCCUCUGUCCUGUUCUGAAGAGCAAAAUCCAGGAAGCCUCUGGAGUGGCUGAGCCCUCCUACGUCCAGAUAGCACAGGACAAAAAGAACCAGAAGGGUUCAGCAGUGUUCUCUGUCCAGGAGGAGAUGUACCCAAGUCCUGCUGAGCUGCGGGAUGAAGACAUGGAGGAUGAGAAGUGCUGCUCCAUCCGGUACUGCUUCUACUACAGAAAAUGCGAUGUGGCAGAUGAUGGGAGCGAGAAGGAUGAGCUGUCCUAUUCCAUCCCCAUGCAGAUACUCCCGGGAAUGAAGCUGGACAAUCAGAUGGUCCCAGUCAUGAGCAGGACUCUUCAGGUCCUGGACGCAACAGCCUGCAGCAGUCCCAAUGAGAGCCAGACCCAGGAGAUAGAUUUAAGGACCUCCAGUUUUGAGGGGAGCUUGGCAAAGAUCAACACCCUUCGAGGCCAUGCCUACAGCUUCCCCAACGGGUUUCUGCAGGUGCAGCUGGACACCAACGAGCUCCUGACCAUCCUGAGGCAGUGUGUGCUGAGCCCUGAGGUCCGGGACUGCAAGCCCUACAUCUCCCAGCUGGCUGAGUACAAGCAGGAGCUGGCCCUCAAGUUCAAGGAGUUCCGGGCGUCCUGCCGCCGCGUGGCCGCCGUCGACAAGAGUCCCACCCACAUGCUCUCGGCCAUCACGAGCAGCUUCCAGGUGCUAAGCAGCCUCAUCGAGACCUUCGUGAGGCUGGUGUACGUCGUGCGCUCGGAGUCGCAGCGCCAGGAGCUGCUGACGAAGGUGGAGGAGGUGGUGAGAAACUACACCUUCCUCCUGAAGGCUGCCGAGGAGUCCACGGCCAGAACGCUGAGCCACCAGCAGACUGUGGAGCAGCUCGCCCGCCAGUCAGCCACGGUGGCCACGGUCAUGAGCACCCUGACACGCUCCCUGAAGACGCUGAUCAAUAAGUAAAGCCAGCCGUGAAGACCAACGAGGCAGUGUGUGCCAGGCCAUGCUCUCAAAUCUCACAGGUCUGGUGAGGAUGCGAUGCCUGCAGGCCCACGUUGACCGGGGUCUGCGGUAGCCAAGACACUCUUUGAUCUCUGCAGAAUGCAUGGUUGUGUUGGUGAUGGGGUUGAAGGGUGAAUUCGUGCCCUGUCACAAGCUGUGCAAUCAGCUGGUCCAGGGGCUCAAGCAGCUUCUCUGCUCGGGGCUCUGGGCCUCGCUCCUGCAGACCUUUGUCACAGUUUGUGGUGGGCCAGUGGGCUAUCAGGAGCUGAGCUGAGAUCUCCUGGUUCCACUUGGGCAGUCUGGAGCCAAACCAGUGUCUUGCCACGUAAACAACUCUUCUGCCUCCAGGAUCCUCCUGGCCCACAAACACAACACAGUUAGCAGCAGAAGGGAUCUCUGGGGUGCAAGCCCCUGCUGCUGUGCUAGGGCUUGGCAAGUAGUGCUAGCAGGUUAUGGCAGGUUGCCAUAAUGCUGGCACAGAGCUAGGGCACCCCACUGGGCUCUGCUCUCACAGCUUAGGCCCAGUGCUCUAGCCCUGAGCACAGGCACUGCCUGUGCCACUGGCAAGGGCUUAAUGCCUGCAAGGGGGGACAGUCCAGAGAACUGCAGGACUGUCAGUCCCACCUCGGUGCCAAGAAGGUCACAGAGCAGAUGAUCUUGAGUGCCAAGUCAUGUCACACACAGGACAAGGGGAUCAGGCCCAGCCAGCACAGGGAAAGGCAGGUGCUGCUGGAGCAGCCUGGCCUCCUUCUGUGACAGGGUGACUCUCUGUGGGUGAAGGAGAGGCUGUGGAGUUUAGUAAAAAAUCUAACACUGUGUUCUUCACUGUGUUCUUCAGCAUUCCCCUGGAGAAACAUGAUGGAUGGAUGGAUGGAUGGAUGGAUGGAUGGAUGGAUGGAUGGAUGGAUGGAUGGAUGGAUGGAUGGAUGGAUGGAUGGAUGGAUGGAUGGAUGGAUGGAUGGAUGGAUGGAUGGAUGGAUGGAUGGAUGGAUGGAUGGAUGGAUGGAUGGAUGGAUGGAUGGAUGGAUGGAUGGAUGGAUGGACCCCAGAGAGUGGUGGGGAAUGGAGUUAAACCCAGCUGGGGCCAUCACCAGUGGUGUUCCCAGGGCUCAGUGCUGGGGCCUGACCUGUUUAGCAUCUUUUGAGGACACCCCCAGUCAGUCUGCAGAUGACUCCAGUUUUGGUGGGAGUGUUUGCUGCAGGGCAGGAAGGCUCUGCAGAGGGGUCUGGCCAGGCUGGGCCCAUGGGCUGAGGCCAAUUGUCUGAGGGUCAGCCAGGUCCUGUCCUGGGUCACAACAACCCCCUGCAGCUCCAGGCUGGGGCAGAGGGGCUGGAAAGGGCCUGGUGGGAAAGGCCCUGGGGGUGCUGCUCAACAGGAGCCAGGUGUGCCCAGGUGGGCAAGAGGCCAAUGGCACCUGGCUGUCCCAGCGUGGUGUGGCCAGCAGGACCAGGAGAGUGACUGUCCCCUGAGUGGGCACUGUUGAGGCCACUCCUCAAAUCCUGUGUCCAGCUCUGGGCCCCUCACAACAAGAAAGACACUGAGGGGCUGGAGCGUGUCCAGAGGAGGGAAUGGAGCUGGGGAAGGGUCUGGAACACAGGUCUGAUGAGGAGCAGCUGAGGGAGCUGCAGGGGGCUCAGCCUGGAGAAAAGAAGGCUCAGGGGGGACCUUCUGGCUCUGCACAACUCCCUGACAGGAGGGAGCAGCCAGGUGGGGAUAGGUCUCUUCCCCCAGGUAGCAAGAGACAGGAUGAGAGGAAAGGGCUUCGUGUUGUGCCCGGGGAGGUUUAGACUGGAUGUAAGAAAUUUUCUUCAUUGAUGGUGGUCAGGUAUUGGAACAGGCUGCCUAGGGAAGUGGUAAAGUCACCAUUCCUGGAGGUGUUAAAAAGACUUUUAGUUGUGCCAUUUGGGGACAUGGUUUAGUGAUGCCCUUGGCAGUGUUGGGGGAAUGGUUGGACUCAAUAAUCUUAGAGGUCUUUUCCAGCCAAAACCAAUCUGUGUUCUUCUUCUGGAUGGCUGAAUCCAUGCUAGAGACCCUGCAAGGAACCCAGACUGAUUGAUCUUUGACCACUGCAAGCCAGAAGGUGGGCUAGCAGCUGAGGGGAGACCACUUUCACACCAUUCCCCAGAAGUUAGGUUCAUGCCCCCAAGGCUCAGCCCAAAGCCCUCUCGUAUUUCUUUUCACUGUGACCAUCAGAGAGGAGCCCCAGAUCAGCUCUGACCCUGAGCCAGGCAGGGGCUGUCCUCCUUGCCAGGGUGUUGGGGUUCUUUUUCUGUCUUCACCAGGCUGACUGCCAUAAGAAGCAUUAUUUAGUUCUCUGAGGUGGUUAUUUACUUGGAGUUGGGGUUUUUUGAUUGUUUUGGGGUUUUUGUUUUCACUCCUAGGUGAAUGGUAAAAUGGUUCCUAGUUGUGUUCCUCCCCACCCCAAGGUUCGCCUCCUCUUCCUCCUCCCAAUCUAGUGAUAGACAUAAUCAAUGAGACAGCCUUAACUGGUGUAUCCCUGCAGCCACCCACCCUCCAAAAGAGAGCAAGGAGAGAAAUGCAAGGUCACACAUUGCAUUGCCCUCACCCUGCCACCCACUGCAGCUCAUGUCCCGCCGGGAUCCCGGUGCCUGUCCCUGUCACACCCCUCUGGCCGGGCAGGAGGUCACAGCCCUGGCCCCAGCGGGGUGAGGGCAGCUGUCCAACUCAGGCAGCUCGCCCCAGCCCUUGGGGAUGAGCAGUCGCUUCCCAUCUCUAUGAUUUUUGAUAAAUAUGCACAUUGGAAAUGUCUCGUUCUUCCAUAGGAGCUAUGGAAAUGCACAAAUGUGCUUUUAACACGUGCAUCCUCGGAGUGCAAUAACCUCUCCUGGCCCAUGGCUGUCAGCAAGGCACAGAGCAUCCUGCUGGGGGGACAGCCUCCUGAUUUCAAGAACCAUGUAGCAAAUAUCCAGUGGAAGAGCCAAUUGGGACUUCAGUCCAUGGUGGGCAAGGCCUGUUACAGUGCUGAAGGCUGACAGGGUGUUUUCCUUUUCCCUAGGAAUUACCUAGUAUGAAACUCUGAGUUUCUUCAAAGCUCCCCGUUAUGCCUAUAUCAUUCCUCCAUAAAUCUCUCAGUCUAAUACAGAGGAAAAUUUUUUUAUUGUCUGUAUAUAUUAUAUAUAAAUUAAAAAAAAUAUAUGUUAUAUCUAUAC